CAAAAGCUCUUCACUCACAGUCAACACUCCACACUCAACACUCUCAUGCUUUUCACUCGCACUACAAAAUCCCCCAAAUCACUCUUAACAGAUCUAGGGUUCUUCCUCUUCAAAACGCAAUCCAUUUCUUCAACAACACGCGUUUGCAGAUCAAUCUCGCAGUUUUUUCAACAUUUUCAUGCUCAAAUUGUUGUGAUUCAAUCGAUUUGAAAUCCGCCUCUUGAAGCAGACGCAUUUGUUGAUUAAUCUCGCAGUUUUUUAACAAUUUCAAGCUGCGAUUCAAUCGAUUUGAAUUCUAUCGAUUAAACUCGCAUUUUUGAACAAUUUCAGGUUGAAAAUGACGGUUAAGCUUCUAGCUGCUGAAUCUGCAAACGUUGCGAUUCAAUCGAUUUGAAGUUCACCUCUAGAAGCAGACGUAUUUGUUGAUUAAUCUCGCAAUUUUUUUUUUGAAAAAAAUCCAGUUGGAAUGGCGCUUAAACUUCCAGCUGUCGAAUUUGCAAAUGUUACUCAAUCGAUGUGAAUUUGUCGAUUAAUCUCGCAGAUUAUUGAAUGAUUUCGAGUGGCGAAUUAAUCGAUUUGAAGUUCACAUCUUGAUUGAAGCAGACGUAUUUGUUGAUUAAUCUCGCAGUUUUUAUAACAAUUUUAGAUUGAAAAUGGCAUAUAAACUUCCAGCUGUCGAAUCUGCAAAUGUUGCGAUUCAAUCGAGUUGAAUUUGUCGAUUAAACUCGCAGUUGUUGAACAAAAAUAAGUUGAAAAUGGCGCUUAAGCUUCCGGCUGCAGAAGCUGCAAAUGUAGCAAUUCAAUCGAUUGGAUGUGGUUAUGAUAUCUCGUUAGAUCUUAGGUUGAAGUAUAGGAAAGGUGAUUAUUGUUCGGAUGAUGGUAAUAAUAAAAAUCAGAAUCAUCGGUUGAUUGAAAUUGAUGAGGAUGAAGGUAGGGACAUUGUGCUUCCUGGUGGACUGGUAAUCCCUAAUGUUUCUAAAUCGAUCAAGUGUGAUAAAGGCGAGCGAACUCGGUUUCGGUCUGAUGUUCUUUCGUUCCAGCAGAUGUCAGAGCAAUUCAACCAGGAAUUAUCGUUAACCGGAAAAAUUCCUUCAGGCCUCUUCAAUGCAAUGUUUGAAUAUUCGGGAAGUUGGCAGAAAGAUGCAUCCAGUACUAAAACCCUUGCUUUUGACGGUGUUUUCAUUUCGUUGUACACCGUGGCAUUAGAAAAAUCUCAGAUGGUACUCUGUGAUCAUGUCAAGAAAGCUGUCCCAUCCUCAUGGGAGCCUGCUUUGUUAGCAAGGUUUAUUGAAAAUUUUGGCACUCAUGUAAUUGUGGGUGUAAAGAUGGGGGGUAAAGACGUGAUAUAUAUGAAGCAGCAGCAUGCAUCAUCCCUCCAACCUGCUGAUGUACAGAAAAAGUUAAAGGCAAUGGCAGACAAAAGAUUCUUGGACUCUGAUGAACAAUAUGUCAUUGAUUCUGAACAUGCUUCUCAACAUGACAAGUAUGACAUAAGAGAGCAGCGGCUAAGAUUUGCAGAUACCGACCCCUCGAGCUCUUAUUCUUAUAAAGAGGAUCUUGUAAGCAUUUGCAAAAGGAGAGGCGGGAGUGAUGCUCCGAACCUAAAGCAUAACGAGUGGUUGCAUAGCGUACAGUUAGAGCCUGACGUCAUCACAAUGUCCUUCAUUCCAAUAACCUCAUUGCUGAAUGGCGUUUCAGGAAGUGGAUACUUGAGUCACGCCAUAAAUCUCUACUUACGCUAUAAACCGCCAAUCGAAGAGCUCCAUCAGUUUCUGGAAUUCCAGUUACCGAGACAGUGGGCCCCAGUGUUCAGUGAUCUGCCCCUCGGUCCACAACGUAAGCAGAGAAGUACGCCUUCUUUGCAGUUCAGUUUUUUCGGGCCCAAGCUCUACGUGAACACCAAUCCGGUGGACGUGGGUAAGAGACCGGUGACGGGUCUCCGGCUUUAUCUCGAAGGUAAAAGAAGCAACCACUUAGCGAUCCACAUGCAACAUCUCUCUUCUCUCCCGAACGUCUUCCAGCUACAAGACGACAUAAACCGAAACUAUAACGAGGAAUCAUACGACCAUAGAUACUACGAGAAAGUUCAAUGGAAACACUUCUCCCAUGUCUGCACGGCACCAGUCGAAUCCGAAGACGAGUUAUCAAUCAUAACCGGGGCCCACCUACAUGUCGGGUAUUACGGGUUUAAAAAAGUCCUCUUUUUACGGCUCCGCUUCUCGACAGUACUUGGUGCAGCAGCAAUCAAGAAUCCUGAAUGGGAUGGAUCUUCCGGGUUAGCCCGAAAAUCAGGGCUUAUAUCGACGCUUAUAAGCCACCAUUUCACAGCGAUCCUGAAACCGCAGCCUCAGCCAGCCGAGGUCAACAUAAACUCGGCUGUAUACCCAGGGGGCCCACCUACUCCCGUUCAAGCAUCGAAGCUGCUGAAGUUUGUUGACACACCGGAAAUGACGCGGGGCCCACAAGACUCACCGGGGUAUUGGGUGGUCUCGGGGGCUAGACUUGUAGUGGAUAAGGGGAAAAUCUCGCUUAGAGUCAAGUAUUCUUUGUUAACUGUAAUCUUACCCGAUGACGAAGAUGAAGCGGGGUCUGAACCCUUUUAGAAUGUCGGGGUUAGGGGGUAAUUCGUAGGUUGUUUAAAACUCGAUGUUUUGAGAUGGCAUGGUAAUAUAAUGUUUUGUUUUUUUA